AUGGCAGGAAAUGAGGAUCUAGCUUAUUUGCCCAUUGAAAAACUUAAUCAGUUAAAAUUCGUUUGUGGAAAGCAUUUUAAAAAUAGCGAUUUUAAGAAAAAAGGAACACAGCUGAAGAAAACGGCUGUACCAUCAAUAAGGCUUACUUCUAAGCCACUUCCAGACUCCAUUCUGGCAGAAUUUCCCUGUCACCUUUUCAAAGAACAAGUCUCACGAGAAGAUGAGCCAUCAACUUCUUCUAUUCCUCAACCUCACGUUCCACCCAUUUUAGAACAACCGUUACAUUCUUUUACUCAACACGAAGAAAUUGCUACGAUUGAAGAAGCCUAUCAUAUUUUUAACGAAGAUGAUGUUCCGCCAGUGCAAUACACCGUGAAUAUUACUACAAGUGAACAAUGCACUAUUAAGAAAGAUGUUCCAUCAACAUCUUCAAUGGAUUUUUUACCAAUAAAAUCAACAGAACUUACAUUAGAUGGCAGCAAAAAAGCUGCGCAAAUAAAGAGUAGGCGACCAGAGAAAAUGUACGAUCAAAAUGUCUCUCCACGAAAAAAGAAACUAAUGAAAAAGGUUGAACAUUUAAAAUCGAAAAUGAGAAUAUUUAAAAAAAGGGCAAACGAUGGUCUGAAGAUGAAAAAGCUUUAG